AUGGUGUCGGAGAGGCUGUACGAUCUCUGCCGGCCGGUGCUCGACGACGACAAGAUCGACGAAGAGGGCAAAAUCGACGCGCUCGAGGAGCUGCUCAGUGGGGAGCCGAGCAAGCUCAAGGGCAAGGCGCUGGAAGAUGCAGUGCUGGGCGUCUUAUGGCAGUGGAAGUCCAACGAAUCCACAACAUCUUCGCCUCCUCCGGCUCGAGGAGCGGUGCCUAUCCGCUCGCGCUCUCCUGCGCCGUGGAUCCAACGCGCUGCGACGCCGACACAGCAAUCCACCGCCAGCUCUCCGCGCACUUCCUCCGCUACGCCGACCGUUCCACCGGGAUUUGCGCCUCAACCGCCCGCUCUCGCCCGGACCAAGUCUUCAACAGUGGGAUCGCCCUUUUCCUCCCCGCGAGCAUCCCCGCGUCUUCCCGCUGCGACGCCYGUCAUUCCGCACUCUCCACGCCUGAGCGUCUACCAAUUCAGCGAUUACACUCCCUCGACGGAGAAUUACGGCGAUUACGGGAGUGAGAAUGUCGACUGGCUGGUCAACGAUGAUGCGAGUAGUAAUGCUAGCUUUGGCGAUGGCACGGCAGGCUCCGUCUCGGAAUACAUGUCGCCCUACACCACCGAUAUGAGUCCGUACGACAUGCUCAGAUCCAUUCUGCAGGACAACCGCAGUGAUGAUGAGUUGGAGCAGAUCUUGGAGGCAAACGGCUACGAUCUGAGUCAGACCGUCAGCUCGAUCAUGGAGUCUCAAGGCGUGGGUGCUGCUGCAAUGGCCGCUGCAAUGCAGCAACAACAAUCCCAAGACGAGAACCGAACAUUUCUGAUUGGCAAGAACAUGGCUCCGGGGUCUCGCCCCGCCACUCCACUUGGCCAACAAAAGUCGUCCACGGUCUGUCGUUAUUGGCUGGCCAGUGGACAUUGCGCCAGAGCGGAUUGUCGCUUCGCCCAUGAAGUGCAAAAUCAUCUCUGCAAGUACUGGCUGGCUGGGAACUGCAUCGCGGGAGAUUCCUGCCUAUUCUCCCAUGACCCCAGCAUUCUCAUGCAGCAGCUUUCCUUUGCGAAUGAUGGAACCCCCACUCCCCAACAGUUCACGCCGAACUUUCACCUUCAAGACUACGACAGCUUUCCAGCCUUGCAGCCAACCACCAGCAAUCCGUACGAAGAUGGGAGUCAACCAGAAGACACCACUGCUCUCCGUCUACAACAACAAGCUGCUAUGGCUUCGGCUCCACCUGGCCUAUUUCCCARCUUCGUUCCCACAGGUCCUCGUCUGGGAACCAACAGCAAACCCAACUCUCGACCGGGUAGUCGCCAUAACUCGCGCGCUGCAACACCAAGCGGAGGAAGCGUGAACUUUCAGGACGACGAGGCAUUCCCCACCUUGGGAUCCGCUGCCACGAAACCUUUAGGCAAGCGUCACCACGGCAAGCGCGGCGGUCACGGCCACAACAAUCAUGCACUCCAACAGCCCAGCAGUCUCGCAGAUGUCGUCCGUAUGUCUCCGUCGCCAGCUCCUGCUUCCGCUCGCGACGCAAUGCGCCGAGGAUUGAAGGCCAACAAAUCUUUCACGUCCACGAGAGAGAAUUCAUCUGCUGCCAUGUCUAUCCCAGCUCCAAAAGACAUUCCUUGGUUAGAGACCGGCGACAAGGUCAACGCGGCAUAUAUGAAAGCACGACAAGAAGCUUUCAAGCACGGAGGCCUCCGCAACAAGUUCCUACAAAGUGCAGCGCAGGCAUGGAACCGGAAUGACGCCCGUGGAGCUAAAGCUCUCUCCCUGCGAGGACAGAACGAAAAUGCGCUGAUGAGAGAACGCCAUCGUGAAGCUGCUCGCGCUCUCUACGAAGCGCGCAACUCCGGAAAGGGUGGCGGUGGAGAGUGCUAUGUGGACCUCCACGGCCUGCAUCCUGAAGAAGCAGUCGGUUAUCUUGAAGGCUGUCUCAAGGAACAAGCACAGAAGGCCAAGAGGACUGGAGGUGGAGAGAAAGCAUUUGUCUACGCGAUCUGUGGAACCGGACAUCAUAGCAAGAACGGGAAGGACAAGGUUGGAAAGGCUGUGAGAGUUUGGUUGGGAGAUGGAGGAUGGGUUUUCAGAGAGUUCAGUGUUGCUGGAGAGAGAGGUGGUGUGGGUGGAAUUCUCGGGGUCGAGGUCGGAAGUGGAAGAGCCUCAGGGGUCAGAGAGGGCGAUGGAGACAGUGGAGUUGGAGGACUAGAAGGUGAAGACUCCGCGACUGGAAAAGUUAGAGUUGUCAGAGAGGACCCACGGAAGGCGGUUCUUAGCGGCGGUGAGAAGGACGAGGAUGAGGACUAG